GCUUCGGUGGCAAAUUUUUCUCUAAAAGGUGUCUACUUAAGGUCACAGAAGGGGUAGCACCCUGUUUAAUGCCGACAGCACCCUGCUUUAGAAGUUCUAUGUUUCUUUACGAAACUCAUUUGAAUUUUUAUUUAAAUAAUGAGCGCCUCUCACCCAUUCACACGGUGCGCAGCUUGUAGGUGGUAUCGGACAGAUACUUGUAAAAAAGAAAGUUCGUCGUUUGGUGCACCCGUUCGCGAAUUAUUUAGCCCGGAGAUUUAAUUGGAACACCCAGUAUAUGCUACGUAAGGAAGGGAGCAUCUCCUUGAGGCCGAGGAGUAGGAAAGGAAGCCAGGACGACUCGGAACAAAACAGAGCAGGACGGGGCUGACUCAUUGUUAGGAUUGUUGUACAAGCACUGCGCGCGUUCUCACACAAGAUUCUUGUGAAAGCCAAAAAUCAGCACGAUCACCCUACUACGAUGCUCUGGUAAGAACUACACCGGUUACUUUCGUCUGCUACGGCAAUGUACCGGCGUCUGCUGUUCCAAAUUGGAGUUUCAGCCGUCCAGUCAUGAUGGAGAUCCAGUGGGACUCUGCUACACUUUAACUCUGCAGCGGGCCAAUGCGUAGGGACCCCAGGGCAUCAUUCGGACGGGACUUUGCAUAGGAGCUGCAGGUUAUGACAUGGUCGGUAUAACGAAGCAGGUCAUUCGCUCGACAAGACUAUACAUCGGUGGAGAGCUAUAAGCAAAGUUACGAAAGAGCUACAUCGUAAGCACUACACAUAAUCCGAUACGCUUUCCUCUUUUCCGCGAUCCCCGCAUCCAGAAGGUGCGGAAUAUGAAGGGUGCAACAGCCACUGACGACAGUGACAUCGCUCAGUCGCAUCCAAAAGGGGUAUUCUCAAAGAUCCUCAAGGAAAUGGUAUUCGGAAAAUAUGAUAGGUCUGCUACAUUGGCAGUCCUCAAUGGUCGUUGAAAUCAAUGGCCACUGAACGUGCACAUGGCGCCAAUUGAGCAAUUGGCAAUUGAGCUCAAUGACAACCGGAGACUGCCCGUAUGAUAGGGAACGCGUCGGACGCUCCUGCGUAGCGUUGCAACAAGACGCCCGCUGGAGAGAAAUAUGUCUGACAGCUAUUGCACUAGAUUUCCCAGUUGCUAAAAAAAUGUGCUGAUACAAAAUGCGCAAACGGCCGCGACCGCGCAGCCCUGCUGUCCAUGGGAGGGCGACGAAUACUCCAGUGUCUCCACUAAGAAGAUGGCGCCGUAACGUCACCGUGACAACAAUCGUACCGGGCAGGACGUGAAACGUACGUGUUAUCUUCCCUUAUCGUUAAACAAACACUGACGCUACUUCUUAGGGCUUCACAUUAAACACGCAGGCGAUGUCUCGCUCGUGCACCAGGAGACAUGCCGCAUUUGUUUUCGAAGAAGAUCGCGCAGACUUCAAAACAGCUAGCAACAACCUUAUAGGGCCUUUAUAGCAGUCAUAGCAACCAAUUUCUGGUGGAAAUGGAAGACGACGAAAGUCGGGCAGCUCACACUUCGGAUGACAUGGAGGACGCCUCUAGAAUCUCAAAAAAGCGAGGACUAUCUCUGAGAAACCUGUACUACAAGAUGAACCAUCCUCAAAGGGGGUUAUGUAUCAUAUUUAAUGUGGAGAACUUCGCGGGAAGAAACCAAGGAAUGCCAAGCAGAAGCGGAUCAUCUGUGGACGUCAAUGAAAUACGAAACACGUUCGGCAUGCUCGGAUUCGUUGUUCAGCUUCAUCAAGAUCCAACGACGUCGACCGUCGACGACGCACUGUUCAAAGCAUCCAGACGAACGGAGAACCUCCAAUCGGAUUGUUUCGUCUGCUGGAUAUUGUCUCACGGAAAGAUGGGAACUGUGUACACCUCCGACGGGGAACUGGAACUGAAGCACUUCGUCAAGCAUUUCACAGCUGACAGCACGCUCGAAAAGAAACCCAAGAUUUUCUUUGUUCAGGCUUGUCAGGCGAAAGAAUCCCAGAGCGUCAGCUUCCCAGAGAAAUGUACCAAUGGAGAGUUUGGAAAAGAAGCUGUUGGAGAAGAGACGGCGACACCCGUCACCGAAGGCUUCAGUUACAGACUUCCAUCUUAUCCAGACUUCCUGUUCGCGUUUGCAGCUCCUCCAGGAUACUACGCCUUCAGAAACAACGUAAGUGGCUCCUGCUUCGUGACGUAUCUGUGCCUUGUCCUCCGCCAGUGUACAGCACAGACGGCCGUCAGCGACCUCGUGUCCUUGCUCAUAGCUGUGGCACGGAAGAUGGCCUUCGAGUAUGAAUCCAAGUCAAGGAACGAGUCCAGGGACCAGAAGAAACAAGUGCUGUGCUUCCAGUCGUCCUUAACGAAGAAACUGUUUCUUACGUGGCCACAAUAGCCGCGAGGUUUCGUUGCUCCUGCGCUGUUAACAUUUUUAUAUUUAUGGACAAUUUUCAUUAUUACGACCCACUAUUCCAUUUCAGCUCACUACCGCCAACAAUGGAUUACAGUGAACCCUCGUUAAUAUGACCCCCGAUAAUGUGACAUACGCACUUUACGACCAUACUCCUGGGGAACAAUGCAGUGAAACCUCUGCAAAUCCCCCCCGUUAAUAUGACAAUUCCGCAUUAUGACCAACAUUUUCGGGAACGACCAUGGUCAUAAUAACGAGGGUUCACUGUAUAGAGUAUCGCCCCAGGUGAUGAAGCUUCUCAUUCAUCAUCAUUCGAAUAAAGUUGUUGUCAUUAUUAUAGUUAUGAUACCUUCGUACCUGUAAAUACAAGUCUCCAUUGUACUGGGUAGAUAUUUCGGGCUGAUGUUAUUGCACAAGAACUAUCAUCGUCAUUGUCAGAACGUCAUAUUAUGGCAAUUUAGAAUGGGAAUUCUAGCCCGCAUAGUGACAUCCUUACUCGUACCACAGCACCAGACAUUGCAGAAUAAACGUCACUGUUUAUUAUAAACUAAUAAAUGAAUAAACUAGA